AGCUAAGCCGCCUCUUCUUUUGCUGUAGACUUUGUUUGAUCUUCUCAUUCUUUUUGUGUUUUUGUCUGAUAAUAUAGGCAGAGGGUUUAAUUCUUAAAUGGAGAAUAAAUAUCAGAUGUUCUUUCCUAUCUCUUCCCCGGCAUCAUCAGCAGCUUAUGAUCCCUUGACAACAAACAUUAUGGCACCUACUAAUCCUCAUGUUUUCAACAAUUUUCAUGGGAAUAGUCCAAAUGGGUUGAUGGAUUUGAAGACAGAUCAGAAGUUCAUCAAGAAAGCUGCAGAAGUGAAGGAACCUGUUGAUCAGAAUGGGCGCUUUGUUGGGUCUAAAACUGAUUAUCACUUAAAAUCAUCAGCUGCUACUGAUAAAAAGAAGGAAAAGAUGAUUAGGAAGCCUAGAUAUGCCUUUCAAACAAGGAGUGAAGUUGAUAUACUUGACGAUGGAUAUCGCUGGAGGAAAUAUGGGCAAAAAGCUGUUAAGAACAACAAAUUCCCAAGAAGCUACUAUCGGUGCACACAUCAAGGAUGCAAUGUAAAAAAGCAAGUCCAACGACUAAGCAAGGAUCAAACUAUCGUAGUGACGACUUACGAAGGAAUACACACUCAUCCUAUACAUAACCCUACCGACAAUUUUGAACAUAUCUUAAGUCAGAUGCAUGUUUAUACACCUCUUUUCAAACCCAUCCAUCUUUAGCUAAUGUAUCUCUAUGCCCUUUCUUUUUUACAUUUCCAAAUAAACACAUGCUCAUAUAUCUUGAUUUACUCCUUCCCUAUGGAAUAGUUAAUAAUACUGUAUUUUUUUCUUACAUUUUUUCUUUUGUACUAGUGCUUAAUUACUUAUAACUAUAGGAAGUAAAUUCAAACUUUAAACGUCAUACAUGAGCAUUUGGUUUAACGAAAGU